UGCCCAUUAAUGUAUCACCAUUUGUACAGCAUCAUCACCUAUUUUUAAAAAUUAGCAGUGCGUUGCAGCGGGCGGGGGAGGAGGGCCGCUGCCCAGGCGGAAGAUGACGGAGAUGAUUAUUAUUUUAAUUCGGGUGGCCCGUUUCCUUCUCCUUUCGGAGAGGAUGAGAACCCCACUUCAAGAGUGUGCCAUUGGCUCUGACUUCGAAUCCAGUCCAUAAGACCACUACAACAUAGAGUCGAUACAGAGGAUUACCAAUUUACCAGGAACAAGUUUCGUUGUCUCAAGAGAGGACCCAGUUUCCAAGAAAGGGCCUCAGUGCACUAAUGGACACUAUAUAUGAACGGAUCCCAUUUUUUGAAGACCCUAGGUCAUACUCAUUCUGAUUGGGUCUUUGGCACAAUUGCAGAGCUCGUUGAUAACUCAAGAGAUGCCAAAGCCACCAAACUUUCUGUUAGCUUGGAAUAUCUGAAAUCGGUUGGUGAGGAAAUUCCUAUGCUCUCUUUUGUAGAUGAUGGGUGCGGUAUGAACCAUGAGGAGGUUUUGAAAAUGAUAUCAUUUGGCCCCCCUAAACGGAAGGAAUAUGACACUGGUCACAUUGAGAUUGGCAGAUUUGGCAUCAGCUUCAAGAUAGGAGCAAUGGCCCUGGGCAGGGAUGCCCUUGUUCUUACCCAGACUACCAAAUCCAGAUCUCUUGCUUUCCUUUCCCAGACACUAAAUGAGGGCAAAAUUAUGCUAGGUACUUAUCUAGUCGAGCAGUCAUAUGAGCGAUUAUCCGUAACGAAAUGGGAGAGCUGGUGUUUGCCAUCUCGUUUCCGAUUGAUGCUCUGUUCUCUAUGGAAGCGGAGCUUAAAGCUAUAAUCGUUGCAGUUCGUUGGGCUAUUGAUGCGGGUUAGGCCGAGUUUGAGGUUGAAUGUGAUUCGGUCUGAUCUAUUGAGUAAUGUGAGUAUCUUUCAGGUAAACAAUCGAGAAGAUGGAGAGAUGAUAUUCACGAAACAGUGCUUAAUGCAAUUAGGAAAUGGAUCACAUCACCUUUCGUCAUUCUUUGUGGGAGACCAAUUGGGUGGCCCAUUACUUAGCAGCAAUGGAGUCAGCCCAGCUACAGAUUUUUACGAGGCCACAUCUACUCCCGGUCAAUGCUAAACGGGCUUAUUACAUGGACUUAUUUCCCAUUCCUUCUAUUAGAUUUUAUAUUUAAUUGUUGUCUAUUUUUUUAAUUGUUGUAUUUUGAAUUUUGAGAAUGUAUGCCUUCUCUGAGAGGUUUUGGCCUAGUCCCCUCUUGUUUUGUAUUUUCACUUAUUUUAAUAAAACUUACAUGGUAAAUGUUCAAAAAACAUUGUAAUCGCUCAAAUAUUACCAAAUAUAAUAUACCAUAACCAUAAUCGGACAACGUGGGGGAUGGAGACAGUAUCCUUUUAGAGGUAAAAGAAUUGUUUAGGCAUGGUGGCCAAUGUUAACAAGAACGCAUUUGGUUGCAGUUGUUGAUCAGGAUUUCAUCAAGAUGUUUCACAAUAUGCUCUGUCAGCAAAUAACAUAUAAUUACAAUGUAGCAGAGCAAUUAAAAUAAUUCUCAUCUAAUCAAAUUCAAUCUUAUGGGAACUUAAAACUUGCACAAGAGACCAUGGAAGAUCUCUUCUGCCCGGAAGGUGUUCGAUUAGAAGCUUGCAAGACGGUUGGAAUUCACGCAUAGUGGAGUUGGUGGGUCGGCCUAGCUUAAUCAACAUUCAAGCUUGAUGUACUCAAGAUUUGAGUUCAUCACUUUUAGAGGAAAGAAAUGUAGAAGAGAGAGUACGAGAGGACGGGAAGGGACGGAAAACCUGCAUAAAGGGCAAGUAUGACAAUGGGAUGGUGAUCUCAACAACCAGUUGGAGAUGCAAUUUACAUGGAAGAUGUGAUCACAUGGCAACAACAUUGCUCCAGUAGCCCCCGCGGCCUGGUGCAAAUGCUCCCCCGGAGCGGGGAGAAGCUCAUCAUCCAGACAUUGGAGGCGAACCACCGCAAUCUCGGAGGACGAGGAUCCGUAGUUCUCAAAACAAAUUGCACAUCUUUUCUCCUCUUCUCCUUCCUCUUCGUCACCGCCAAGCUGAUAGAAGUCAUAGCCAUUGGGAACUAUCAUCGGUAGAGGCAUUGGAGACGAUGGACCGUAAACAUCAAAACUGUCUGUAUCCCCUUGCCGCAGACAUUCUUCGAGACUGAUCAAGUCCUUAACUGUCAAAAUUAAAGACAAGUGUAUAGAUACACCCACACCAAUCCAGAACAAUUUUGAGCAAUUGUUAUUGAUGAGACUCAGUUUAUCAUUAAGCUGAUCUCGACAUUCAGUUAAUAAAACGCGGGCGAAGCAUCUUAGUCCACCCCAGCAGACCGCCGGCUCCAGCGGGGAGAGAACUUUUUCUGUAAUCAAGGUGAUGAAUUCUUCUUCUUCUUCUUCGGUUCCUCCGUGGAGGAUUUUCUUCAACUCAAUAUUCUCCACACAUUUACCACAAACGUCAACAUAGUCCUCUAUCUUAUACAGAAGCUUCUUGUUGCGGCGGCCGCUCUCUGCCAUAAUCCACCAUGUUUUCUCAUAUGAAGCAUUCCCGUCCAGAUAUAUACUAACUAGAGACCUUUCGAGAUCGGGAUCAUCUUCUGUGUCUAUGUCCAGAUUCCACCGCCACUCCAUUGUAGUGCGGCCCUCCAUGGUUGAUCGCAGGCUAUCUAUUGAUUAAGAAUGAAUUAAUUAAUUCAUUACAUAAGAAGCGGUAGUAUGUACUUAUAGUAUAUGAAAAAUACAUUCCUACUGCUCUUAGGAUUUCAAAGCGUGAGUAUGUGGUCCUCAAUCCGGAGCUGACAUGGGGAUGUAGCAAAAAAAAAGAGAAAGUUCCCAAAAUAGGAUUAAAACAGUUUGAAAAUUCUAAAAUAGGACUGCCAAGUUUUUUAUUCCCAAAUAGGAGUAAUUACUGCCAUGUUUGGAAAAUACUGCCAUGUUAGAAGUCUGAUACUGCCAAAACAUGGCAGUAAUUAGUCCUAUUUUGGGAAUAAAAACAUGAGAGUCCUAUUUUGGAAUUUUCAUACAUUUUUAGUCCUAUUUCGGGUAAUUUCUGAAAAAAAAAAAAAAAAAAACAGACCAUAUGCCUAGGCUCACCGGUCUAAAUUAAUGUGUUUUAUUUGUAUUCCUU